AUGGUUGUUGUAUGCAUAACUUUCUUUUGCAUGUAUCUGGUGUCUGAAUAUGCAUUCUCAUAUUCUGGUUAUAAUAAAGAGAUUUUUUUAUAUGUAUCUUCUUUUGCUUAUAUUGAUCCUCUGGUUGUGGUGCAGAAAAGGAAAAGGAUGGACCAUGAUGAGACAGGAUGCCAAGCUCCUCCAGAACAUACUAUUUUGUGCAUUAACAAUUGUGGCUUCUUUGGAAGUGCAGCUACUAUGAACAUGUGUUCAAAGUGCCACAAGGAUAUGCUGUUAAAACAGGAGCAGGCUAAGCUGGCUGCAUCAUCAAUUGGAAGUUUUGUGAAUGGAUCAUCAAGCAGCAAUGUGGAUGAACCUGUUGUUGCUGACAUCAUUGAUGUCCAAAUCAAUGCAGUGGAGCCCAAGACCAUCACUAUGCAGCCAUCCUGUGCUUCAGGCUUAGGGGAGAGAGUUGAGGCAAAGCCGAUGGAGGGUCCAAACAGAUGCACCUCUUGCAAGAAAAGAGUUGGUUUAACAGGGUUUAAGUGUCGAUGUGGUAACCUCUUUUGUGCAUCUCAUCGCUACUCAGACAAACAUGACUGCCCAUUUGAUUAUCGUACCGCUGCUCGUGAAGCAAUAGCAAAAGCCAACCCUGUUGUGAAGGCAGAGAAGCUUGAUAAAAUCUAA